AAUGCUGUAAUUGGAAAACUACCCUAGCGAUCAACUUCAGCAGUAAUAUUUUUGUCUCGACCUAAAGGUCUUAUUUACCAGGUCAUAAAAUCCCUUAAAAAAAUGUAAAAUUUUUGUAUUUAUGCAUUUCGUGCGUAUGUUUUAUUAGUUUGCUUUUUUCAUUGCGAAAAAUCAGCCUUUUACAUAGUAGAAUUAGUAUCAAGCAAUAAGGUAUUAAUAACAGUAAACUAAUGUGCUUGUUACUAAUGAAAAAAUAUUUAUUGAUACAGUUCCAUUAAUCUACAAAUAAAUAAAAAAUCGUAAUGUGUGUAUUAUAAUUUUAGUAACAAGACUAGACCAAAACAACUCUGGAAGAUAGAAAAGGUGCCAGUAGAAUAUACUUUUAAAUUGAGUUUAUUUUGGGAAAUGGCCAUUUGCAAAUUAUUUAUAAGAAUUUUGAAAAUUCAGAAUGCUAUUCCUGCUAGAUCCAUGUGUGGCUAUUUACAAGUUGAACCUGGUGAAAGUGAAAUUUGCAGUAUUAGUUAUGAAAAACCCACCAAUGUACUUCAACGAACACAUAAAGAUUUAUCUGAUGUAACUCCAUUUUUAUCGAACACAUUCAAUUUGGCUGCAUAUGUAAAUCAUUCUAAGACAUUACAAAAUCUCAUAGACCUGAAUGUCAACAUUAGUAAAUUUGAGAAGAAACCUUACAUUAUUGAGAAGUUAUUAAAAUUAGACUUUGAGAAAAAUAUGAAAAGCCAUAUAGUAUUUCUUUCUGAUUACGUUAACAUGGAACAAAUGGGUGAAUUUUUUACAAAGAAUCCUAUGAUAUUUUGUGAACAUUUAGAAGAUUUAAAAACUAGAGUUAAUUACCUAGAAAGCAAAAGAUUCUCUGAUAGUGAAAUAAAACGAAUAAUAAGCAAAAACCCUUAUUGGCUUAACUUUAGUACAAUUAGAAUUGAUAGAAGAUUCGGAUUUUAUCAACAAUAUUUUGAUUUAAGUGGCAAAAAUGUCAGAUGUUUAGCAACAACACAACCAAAAUUAAUAACUUAUAAUCUUCACCAUGUGAAAUGCAAUACAUUUGCCAUUAAAGAAGAAAUGGGUUUUAAAGAUGAAGAAAUAAAACUGCUUCUGCUAAAUAAACCGAAACUUUGGAUGAUAAAUCAAAGAAUGCUAAUAGAAAGAUUUAAUUAUAUUCACAAUAUAAUGAAAAUUCCUCACACAACAAUAUUAGAGAAUGCUGGAGUCUUAUUAAGCAGGGUUUUUAGAAUAAAACAAAGACAUCUCUUUUUGCAGUCAUUAGGUCGUGCACAAUAUGAUCCAAAAAAAGUGAACUAUGUUCCUAUAAAAGCGCUAGUUGAAAAAACUGAUGUACAAUUUUGUAAUAAUUUUGCAAAAUGUGAUAUUGAUGAUUUUAAUAUGUUUUUAAAAACCUUGUGAACAGUUAUUAUAAAUUA